AUGUAUAAUCUAACAUGUCCUUUUUUUCUUUCUUUCUUUCUUUCUUUCUUUUUUUAUUUAUUUAUUUCCGUCUCUUCCCAUCUUUCUUUUAUUCUUUCUUUCUUUCUUAUACAAUUUUUGUCUAACCCAACUUUCUUUCUUUUCUUUCUUUCUUUCUUUAUUUCUUUAUUUUCCCAUCUUUCUUUCUUUCUUUUUUCUUUCCAUCUAUCCAUCUUUCUUUCUUUCCAUCUUUCUUUUUUUCUGUCUGUCUGUUCUAACCCAACUUUCUUUCUUUCUUUCUCUUCCCAUCUUUCUUUCUUUCUUUCUUUCUUUCUUUCUUUCUUUCUUUUCCCAUCUUUUUUUCUUUCUUUCCAUCUUUCUUUCUUUCUGUCUAAUCUUUCUUUCUUUUUUUCUUUUUUUUUUUUCUUUCUUUCUUUUUUUUUCAUUAUCUUUCGUUCUUUCCUUCUUCCUUUCUUUCUUUUCCCAUUUUUCUUUCUUUCUUUCCAUCUUUCUUUCUUUCUGUCUGUCUGUCCUAACCCAACUUUGUUUCUUUCUUUCUCUUCCCAUCUUUCUUUCUUCAUUAUCUUUCGUUCUUUCUUUCUUUCUUUCUCUUCCCACCUUUGUUUCUUUCUUUCCAUCUUUCUUUCUUUCUGUCUGUCUGUCUGUCGUAACCUAACUUUCUUUCUUUCUUUCUUUCUUUUUUUCUUUCUUUCUCUUCCCAUCUUUCUUUCUUUCUUUCUUUCUUUCUUUCUUUCUUUCUUUAUUUCUUUCUUUCUUUCUUUCUUUCUUUUCCCAUCUUUCUUUCUUUCUUUCUUUCUUUCCAUCUUUCUUUUUUCUUUCUUUCUUUUUCAUUAUCUUUCGUUCUUUCUUUCUUUCUUUCUUUCUUUCUUUCUUUCUUUCCAUCUUUCUUUCUUUCUGUCUGUCUGUCUGUCGUAA